CUCGUUUCAAUUGUUGACCUGCUGGCUGGCUGCUACCAAACACGAUACCAGGAAGUAGGAAGAAUAAAUUUCUCCUCUUCAUAUUCGAACAUAGGUUAUAGAGCUUAUGGAACUGGUGUAGGAGGGUGGUGGUGGUGGCGCCAUCGCCUAGCGGCGUGAAUGUGGUCUGGUCAUAGAUUCCAACGGGACAGAAUGACCAGUGGGAGACCAAAUAGAGAAGCAAGGUCUUGCUGUCCUACGCAUCAACAAUGCUAGUAACAAGAAGCAACUCUCGUUUCUGCCAACAUCUUUCUCACCAUAAGUCGUCGUUCUUAGCUCGUCAUUAUUCCAAUUUCUCACUUCAAGCUCCCUUGAAACGCAUUCAGAAAAGUAGAAAAGGUGACAAAUUUGUUGUUUAUUGCAAUUCCCUCAUCAUGAAAUAUGGUAUGAACGGCAAUAUUGAAGAAUCCGAGUCAAUAUUCAACCGCAUGCCGCACAAGAACAUAAUAUCUCAUACUUCCAUGCUAACUGUAUAUGCCAAGAAUGGCCAAAUUGCAAAAGCACGGCAAUUGUUUGACGAAAUGCCCGAGCGAAGCGCAGCUUCAUAUAAUGCUAUGAUUACCGCGUACAUAAAGAACAAUUGUAUGGUAGACGAGGCCUUCAGUUUGUUUUCUCGGAUGAAUGAGAGGAAUGCGGUAUCAUAUGGGGCCAUGAUCACUGGAUUUCUCCUGGCGGGGAUUUUUGAUGAGGCAGAUAAGUUGUAUUGCGAGAUGCCAUUUAAGUGGCGGGAUCCGGUUUGUUCCAAUGCAAUGAUAAAUGGGUUCUUGAAAGCCGGGAGAUUGGAAGAGGCAACUCGAGUUUUUGAGGGUAUGGUUGAAAGAGACGUUGUUUCUUGGAGCUCUAUGGUUGAUGGAUAUUGCAAGAAGGGAAGGAUUGUUGAGGCUAGAGGAUUGCUUGAUAGUAUGCCGUUGAGAAAUGUGGUUGCUUGGACAGCUAUGAUUGAUGGGUAUAUGAACGUGGGGUGUUUUGAAGAAGGGUGGAGUUUGUUUUUGAGUCUGAGAAGAGAAGGAGCUGUUGCAGUUAAUCCUACGACCUUGACUAUAGUGUUUGAAGCUUGUGGUCGUUUUGGAAGAUACAGAGAGGGAACGCAGGUGCAUGGUUUGGUUUUGCACAUGGGAUUUGGGUUUGACAUCUUUUUGGCAAAUUCCAUCAUCACAAUGUAUUGUAGGUUUGGCUACAUGUUUGAAGCAAAUAGAAUAUUUCAGAUGAUUAACAAGAAAGAUGUGGUUUCUUGGAAUUCAUUAAUUGCUGGUUAUAUUCAACAUGAUGAAAUUGAAGAAGCUUAUAGACUAUUCGAGGAGAUGCCAGGAAAAGAUGUGGUUUCAUGGACGACUGUGAUUUCGGGAUUUUCUGCCAUAGGGAAGGUUCAGAAAGCCAUCCAGUUGUUUAAAAUGAUGCCUGAGAAAGAUGAUGUUGCUUGGACUGCAGUGAUUUCAGGUUUUGUGAAUAAUAGGGACUAUGAGGAGGCUUUUCAUUGGUUUAUUGAGAUGCUCAAAGAAGCUGUCAAGCCAAAUUCACUGACUUUAAGUAGUCUGCUUAGCGCUUCAGCUGGUUUGGCAACACUUAACCAAGGCUUGCAGAUCCAUGCCCAUGCAUUGAAGAUGGAUAUGCAAUUUGACUUGUUUGUUCAGAAUUCACUAGUUUCAAUGUACUCAAAGUGUGGAAAUGUCGCUGAAGCGUACCAGGUCUUUACAAGUAUUAAUGCACCCAAUCUCAUUUCUUUCAACUCGAUGAUUACUGGGUUUAGCCAAAAUGGGCGCGGUGAACAAGCUCUGCAGUUAUUUAGCAAAAUGGAGAAAGAAAGUUGGGAACCUAAUGAAAUCACGUUUCUUGGUAUUCUUUCAGCCUGUACUCAUGUAGGAUUAGUAGAAGAAGGAUGGAAAUAUUUUAAUUUGAUGAAAUACGUCUACAAUAUGGAACCAUCGCUAGAUCACUAUGCAUGCAUGGUUGAUCUCCUGGGCCGAGCAGGAUUGCUGGAUGAAGCAAUUAAUUUAAUCCACUCAAUGCCUUUUGAGCCCCAUGCUGGGGUUUGGGGAGCUCUUCUAGGUGCUAGCAGGGUGCACUUUCGUCUUGACCUGGCAAAGCUCGCUGCUCAACACCUUAGGGAAUUGGAACCUAAUAGUGCAAUCCCAUAUGUUGUAUUGUCUGAAUUGUAUAAUAUUGCUGGAAAAAAGAAGGAUGGAGACCGGGUGAGAAUGGCAAAAAAAUCCAAGGGAAUAAAGAAGAGUCCAGGUUGUAGCUGGAUUAUAAUGAAGGAUAAUGUUCAUUUAUUUCUUGCUGGAGAUCAAUCCCACACAGAUUUUGAAGAGAUUAAACUUACACUUUGUAGAAUUGGAAGGGAAAUGAGUAGCUUAGAUAUCCGUGAAAAGUGACAUAAAAAUUGAUUUAUGUUUCUUAUAUUCUAUUGUGCUUUCUUUCCUAUAGCAAUUAGACAAUGAAAGGUUGGCCAUGCAGCAAGACUUGUAAGCUGAGAAGAGAAGGCUGAAGCCUAAGUCAGACCAUAAACAUGCAGAACACAGCUGCUAAAGAAGUGCACUCAACAAAAAGAAGGAAAUCUUAUACCAUGGCUGCACGUAUUUAGAUUUUAAACUGCACUUCAAUACAUGUUUUGGCUAAUGAAUUCCAAGAAGGAUUUGAUUGAUAGUGAAUGAUCAAAAGCUUUAAUUCUGAAUGAACUCUAGGCUAAUGAGUUUCGUCAAGGCUGUUAGCAGCGGCGGACUCAAGAUUUAUGCCUGGGGGAGCGUGAAUGUAUAUGUUUUCAAGUUACAAUCUAAUAUCAAAAUUUUAUUGUUGCAUACA